AUGGCCGAGCUGAAGGCCCUGGGCGGCGGCUCGUACCUGGCCCUGGCGCAGGGCUACGGCCACACGGCCUUCGCCGCCUACGGGGGGGGCGGCGGCGGCGGGGGCGGGGGCGAGGCGCCGCGGGCCCCCUUCCCCGCCGGGGCCGGCCUGGGCAAGGCGGCCGAGAGCAGCGGCGGCGAGCGGAGCGACGACGACGACGACGACGACGCCUUCGAGGGGGCGCGCACGGCCGGCGGCCUCGGCGGCGGGCCCUCGGGGCGCGACCCCCGGCGCCAGGGCGGCCCUUUGGGGGCCAAGGCGGCCAAGGAGCCGCGCUCGCUGCGCCUGAGCAUCAACGCCCGCGAGCGGCGGCGCAUGCACGACCUCAACGACGCCCUGGACGGGCUGCGCGCCGUCAUCCCCUACGCCCACAGCCCGUCGGUGCGCAAGCUCUCCAAGAUCGCCACCCUCCUGCUGGCCAAGAACUACAUCCUCAUGCAGGCCCAGGCCCUGGACGAGAUGCGGCGCCUGGUGGCCUACCUCAACCAGGGCCAGGCCCUCGCCAACCCCCUGCCCGCCGGCCUCGCCCCCUUCGGCCAGCCGGCCGCCCUCUACCCCUUCGCCGGCGCCGCCUUGCCCGCCUGCCCCGACAAGGGCGCCGCCGCCGGCCUCUGCAAACAUUGCAGCGACAAGCCUUGA